AUGGUUUAUUAUUAAGUUUAAUCUUAAACAAAACUUCAAUUGCAAGGGCCACAGCCUCUUUAUAUGGAAUGUAAAAAUGACUUAAAAUGUAAAAAAAUAAAUAUCUUUUAAAGAUGACAAUGGUUUUGUAGGAAAUCAAUACUUUUAUAAGUAUCUAACUUAAGAAGGAAGUCUAUAAUCUCUGGAUAAAAUUUCCUUUAGUUUAUGGAUGAUGGUGCAUUCUAAGAUGAAAAUGACAGGAAGAUAAAUUAUAUUUAGUUUUGUCGAUGGGUUUACAGAAAAUGCUGUAUUUAAGUUAAUUUAUCUAGUACUUAAAUCUGAUGCUUUAUUAUAAAAAAGAAUUGAGUGAUUAUUAUUUGUAUUUAGUAAAUAAUAAAGUCACUCCUGAAAUUUUGAGACUGAAAAUUAUUUAGUAUAUUUUUUACUUAUAAAUUUUAGGGAAAAUGAUCUAUUCAAAGAUACUUGGAAUCAUAUAUUUCUUUCCAUUGAUUAAAAUUCUACUAAUAAUACUUUUAUCAAUCUAAAAUUUUUUUCAACUCAUUACUAUUAACUUUUUCAAAUAACUGAUACACUUGUUUAUCAAAAGUAGUUAUUCAACCUAAUUUUAGAUUAGUUUUUAAACUUGGUUAGCAUACAAGAAUAACAAAUGAAAGACUUAAAUUUAAUGAUGCACUGGAUUACAAGGCUUGUAUUAAUGUAGCAAAUUUUGACUAUUUUAAUGGAUGGACGUCUAUGGAUUAAGAAAUGUAUGUUGAUUAUGAUCCAAUUCUUAAAUUCGCAUUAAAACCUUAUGCAUCAAAUGGUAUUGUAGUAGAUUAAGUUUUUGAUUAAAUUAAUUUGAGAUAAUUUACACUACCUCUUGAUUAUACUGGAAAUAUUGGGAUAAAUUUGUAUAAAAGUUCAUAGAUAGUUUAUAAUUUUUUAGAACAAUUUACUUCAUUAACUUUUAUGUUUUGGAUUAAACCUUAAAAUAUAAAAUCUUCAUUUUAAUUUUUAUCUUUAACAGAUGAUAUUUUAUAAGAAACAAGUAUAGGAUUUGGAGUUGGUAAAAAUUAUGAUCUUUUGUUUUAUUAAAUUUAUUCUAAGAUACCAGCAGGUGCAUUAAGUGCCAACACUUGGAAAUAGGUAACAGCUGGUUUUUUAGAUAUUGGUUAUAACGCAAACUUUGAACCUUUAAAUUAAAAAAAAGCAAUGAGAAUACUUAUUGAUAAUGUCUAAACGAAAUUAGAUAUAGUUACAAAUAUUAAACCAUACAAAAGAUUAAUUAUUGGACCUGUCUUUAUGGAUGAUUACGGAUUAGAAAUUAUAGAGAUAUAAGAUAUAAAAAUUUUUAAAGGAAAUGGAAUUAAGUAAGUCUUUAAUUAAGAUUGUUAAUUAUUUGUUGGAUAGUAUUGUGCAUUUUGCAAAUAAGGAACUCAUUAUUGUAAAGAAUAAGAUCCUAAUGAUGAUAGUAAAGUUUAUAAUUGUCCAGCUGGAUAUAAAGAAUCAAAUAAUGAAUGUAUAAAAAUCAUAAUUUAAAAUUGUCUAAGAGUUUCAUCAUCUACAUGUGAAGUAUGUGCAGAAGGAUAUUAAUUAACAAAUGGUUUAUGCUAAUCAACAGUAAAUGUUUCUUCUCCAUAUUAUUGUAAAGAUUCUAAUGCUUAAUAUUGUUAAGUUGUAAAUUAAAUAAGCAAGCCUGUUUAAAAUAGAAAUGAUAUAAGUAAAUUAUGCUUAAAUAAUCUCUAUUCAAAUAGUAUGAAUACUUGUUCUGGAAAUCAAGUAGCAAAUUGUUAGAUAUCUUAAUUUCAGUCUUCUUGUGCCUUAUGUUAACCUGGUUUUGCUUUACCUUAAAAUAAAAUAUGUGCAAAAGAUUGCUCAAUUGAUUUUAGAUUUUAAAAAGCAGAUGGUUAUUGUGUAAAUAAAUGUGAAAAAUAUUUAUUCAGUAUAAUUUGUGUUAAUUUAAGAAGUCAAGGACUAUAUUCAUGUAAUCCAUCAAAUAUUUGUUCAGGUUCUGAAAAAGAUAUUGGUUAUUAUUGUUUAAAAAGUGAAUAAAGUGAAAUUGGAAAAAGUAAGAUUUGUUAAAUAGUGAAGAAAAGAGUGAUUGAAAAUGUCCCUAUAACUUGCAACAAAAAUUGUAAAUAUUGUUAUGGGACUUCAGAAACUAAUUGUUUGGGAUGCUAUGACAAUAUGUAUUACAAUCCACAUACGACAUCUUGUUAAGCAGAUUGUAGGAGUACAAGUGCUAAAGCUAGAUUUAAGUUAAAUAAUAAAUAUUCUUGGGUGUGUGAAUUAGAAUGUCCUUCUUGGUUAUAUACUCAAGGGAGUGAAUGUGUAAAAGAAUGUAGUUAAGGAUAUAAAUUAUAUAAAAAUUAAUGCUUUACAACUAAUUUAAUUGAAACUUAUUAAACAACAUUAGAGAUUUAAAAUAAUGAAAUAACAAAAAUAAUUGAUAUACUCAUUGAUUGCCCAGAGUUUUGUGAGUCAUGUACAAAUGAUAAAAUUUGUACAAAAUGUCUAAAUGUCUAUCCAAUGGAUUAAGGUAUGUGUGUUGAAUCAUGUUAUCCAAAAUAUUUAGAUAUAUUACUUGAGUCAUAUUCAUGUAAAGAGAAUUGUGGAGCGGGAGAUUUAAUUUAUAGUAAUGAAAAUAUUAAUGGAUAUUCUUUAAAUUAAUGUUUUAAAUAAAAAUGUGGAAUAAUUAAAGUUAAUAAAGAAUAUUAAACUUUUUUACAUUAAACUGAUUUACAUUUGUGUGUUUUUCCUUGUGAAGGAGGAUAUUAUGGUCAUCCUAUUCUUCUUUAAUGUUAACCAUGUCAUUUUAAGUGUAAAACAUGCGAUUAAUAUCCGAUAUUUUGUACAUCUUGUUUCCCUAUGACAUUUUUAUAAGAUAGUGAUUGUUUUGAUUCAUGUAAAGGUAAAUUUUAAAAUUAUAUGAAUUGGAAAUGCGAAGGAUCUUGUUCAUCAGGAUUUAAAGUUAUAGAUAAAGCUUUGAAUAUAAAUGCUUGUGUUGAAAAAUGUGGAGAAAUCUUUGCAACUUAUUUAUAUUCUUGGAACAAUGGUUGUUAUGAAAUAAAACCAGAAAUAGGUGCUUAUUGUGAAGGAUAUGAAUGUUUUAAUUGUAAUUUCAAGUGCAAAACAUGUUCAGGUCCUAAUUCUAAUUAAUGUUUAACUUGUAAACCAAAAUCGUAUUUAUAAAAUAAUGAAUGUGUUAAAUAUUGCAUUUAAUAAUUAUAAGAUGAUAUUCAUUGGUUAUGUGUUGAUGAAUGUCCAAAAGAUAGUUUUAAGACAUCAGGAUAUAUAUCAAUUAAUGGUAGUAGUAUAUAUGUAACAUCAUGUGCUAUUACUUGCUUAUUUGAUUAAUAUUAAUUUAAAGAAAACUGUUAUAACUCUUAACAAAACGAGACUUAUUGUUUAAAAAGAGAUAAUUAUUAUUAUUGUGAUAAUUGCGCAUCUGUUUGUAAAGUGUGUGAAACUGCUUAUUCUACAUCAUGUACAGUAUGUUCUUAAGGAGCAUAUUUAUAAGGAACUACAUGUUAUACUGAUUGCCCCAAUGCUACACCUUAUAAAGAUGAUAGUAUUUAAAAAUGUGUUGCAAGUUGCCCUUAUUAUGCAGAAAAUGGUCGUUGUGUUUAUUCAUGUUCUCCUUCAUACUACUAAUACUUUGAAAAAAAACUUUGCUAUUAAAUGGGAUGUCCAAUAGGUACAUAUAAUUAACUUUAUACAAAAUAUUGUUAUAAUUGUUAUAGUGGUUGUGCAACAUGUACUGGAGGAGAUUAUAAUAAUUGUUUAUCAUGUUUACCUGGUUAUUUUUUAAAUGGAGGAACAUUAUGUCUUUAAGGUUGUACAAUAAAACCUAAAUUAAUUUAAGAUUGGGUAAAUGAGGCAUGUGUCUAAAAUUGUCCUUUAGGGACAUAUUUAUAAACAUUGCCUGGAGGAGCACUUGCUUGUAAAAAAGAUUGUCCUAUUUACUAUUAUUCUAAUUUAUGUGUUUCAUCAUGUCCUGAAUAAACUUAUUUAGAUUAAUAAAUUUGCAAAAGUUGCGCUAGUCCUUGUUCAGAAUGUUUUGGUUCAAAAAUAAAUUAAUGUACUAAAUGUGAUUUUGGAUAUUAUAUCGAACAAACUACAUGUUAUGCUAUUUGUCCUGAUUAUAAACCUUAUGCAAAUUUAGCUGAUUAAAGAUGUGUUGUCUAAUGUCCUGAAUAUUUAUACUUAAAAAAAAAUUUCUGCUUUUCUCCUUGUCCUACUUUCUUAUACUAUUAUGAAUUACAUGAUAAAAAAGAAUGUGUUGAUUAAUGUUAUUCAAAAUCAUAUUUAUGGCUUGGUAAAUGUUAUGAAUGUGAUUCAAUAUGCAAAGAAUGUUAUGGUCCUAAUAAUGGUAAUUGUCUAGAAUGUGAACUACCUUACUUUUUAAAUGAAUAGACAUGUGGAAAUACUUGUCCAUAAUUUUAUGAUUUAACUGAUCAUAUAUGUAAAGAUGCAUGUCCUGUUCAUUUAGUUAUUUAAGAUGUUAAUUGCUAAAAUGAAUGUGAUUCUGGAUAUUUAAUCUAUAAUUAAAUUUGUAUCUAAUUAUGUCCAACAUUUACAUUUUAAAUAGAUAAUUACUGUUAUGAUUGUAAUCUAUUUUGUAGUACUUGUUUUGGAUCUACAGCUCAUCAAUGCUAUUCUUGUAUCAAUAAUUAUUUUUUAGAUGGAUAAAGUUGUAAAUCAGAAUGUCCUUUAUUUUAUAAUAGAGAAAUAAAUGAAUGUAUGUCAGAAUGUACUGAUGAUCUAUAUGAAAUAACAGAAAAAAAAGAAUGUGUAUCAUCAUGUCCAUUAAAUUAUAUUAUUUGUGAAUCUAAAUGUGUUUUAGGCUUAGAAGACGGAUAUUAUUUAGAAGAUGAUGAAUGUUAAAAAUGUGAUCCUAAAUGUACAAAAUGCACUUCAGCAACAGUAUGUUAAGCUUGUGUUUAAAAUUUUUAUCUUGAAGUUUAAUCUUGUGUUAAUUUUUGUGUAAAUUAAUAUCUCUUCAUGGAUCCUAUUUCUAGUUAAUGUGUAACUAAAUGUCCACCUACAUUAUAUCAUCAAGAAUCAUUUGGUAAAAGAUUUUGUGUAGAAGACUGUAAUUUUAAACUUUAUGAUCAAUGUUUAUCAGCUUGUCCAAAAGGAAUGUAUUCACUAAAUAAAGUAUGUACAAAAUGUCCUUAAAAUUGUGAAGAAUGUGAAUCUGAUACAAAAUGCACAAAAUGCUUAUUUGGAUAUUAUUUUUAUUAGGAAUUAUGUUUUCAAAGUUGUGUUACUGGAAAAAAUGAUAGAAAAAACAUUAAAUGUGUUGAGGAAUGUGAUGCUUCUUUGUAUGAAUAUGUAGAUGAAUGUUUAGAAAAUUGCCCGACAGAUCCAGUUUUAUAUAAAAAUAAAAAGAUAUGUUCUCUUGGUUGCCCAAAUAAUACAUAUUAAGACGAAAGAGAAUGUGUAGAUUGUCAUGCAUCUUGUUUAACGUGCAUAGGACCUGCAGAUAAAGAUUGCGUCACUUGUUAAGAUGGAUAUUAUUUGGAUAAUUAAAUUUGUUCAAAUACAUGUUCAUUUUUAUAUGAUGAAGUAAAUAAAGAAUGUGUUGUCACAUGUCCUACAAGUCUGUUUAAAGAUUAAGAUAAAUGUGUAGAAAUUUGUAGUGCUUAUCAAUAUAUUAAUAAUUGUGUGAAUGCUUGUCCACCAUUAACUUAUGCUUCUAAUUCUAAAUGUUUUGAUUGUCCUGAAAACUGUCAAGAAUGUAAUUCUAUUGGGUGUACAAUUUGUUUUUCUGGUACAUUUUUGUAUGAUGGCUUAUGCAAUAAUUAUUGUCCAUACUAUUAUAAUGAAGUAAACAAUCAAUGUACUCAAUUAUGUCCAAAAGAUACCUUUGUAUAUAUAGAUCAUUGCUAUUCUAAAUGUCCAGUGAGCACUUAUUAAUAUAAAAAUUAAUGUCUUUUGGCAUGUCCAUCUUCAACAGUUAUGCUAAAUAAUGUAUGUAUUUCAUGUUCUGAAAGAUGUUUAAUUUGUAAGAAUGAUUAUGAGUGUUUAAAAUGUGAAAACCCAUAUUAUUUAUUUAAUGGUUAUUGCAUUGUUUAAUGUCCUUUAUAAUUACCAUUUGAAGAUGUGGCUAAUGGUUAAUGUGUUACAGCUUGUCCUCCCGAAUCUUAUGAAAAAGGAUAUUAAUGUGUCAAGGAGUGCAAUCUAAUAAUUCACUAAAAAUUAUGUUUAAAAACAUGUCCUACUGGAUAUUAUGGCAAUGAUUAUUGUAAACCAUGUCGAUUAGAAUGUAAGGCUUGUACGAGUUUUGAAGUUUGUACUGAAUGUAGUGAAAAUUUCUUCCUUGAAUUUAAUUAAUGUGAAACAUAAUGUACUAAAAUAAAAGAUUUAAAAUCAAAAUCAUGUGUGGAUGUUUGCAACAAUUUUUUAUACAAAAAUGUAUGUUAUGAAACCUGUCCUUAAAAAACUUAUGAAUAAGGAAAUGAAUGUGUCUUAAAUUGUAUUGAUGGUUAUUAUGGUUCUACAGAUUAUAAAUGUUAAAAGUGUCCCUCCUAAUGUGUUAAUUGUAACAAUAAUUUAGAAUGCACCAAAUGCAAUAUAGGAUAUUAUUUACAUAAUAAACAAUGUUUAGAUUAAUGUCCUUCAUAAUUUUUUUCAAAUCCUAUUCUUAAUGAAUGCUCUACGAAAUGUCCUUAAACAACAUUUAUAUUUUAUAAUUCUUGUCUUUUUGAAUGUCCUUCUGAAUAUUAUAAUGAUAUGGAAAAUUAUUAAUGUGUAAAAAAUUGUGGAUCUUAAUAAUAUUUAAGCAAAAAAAAUUGUUUAAAAUGUUCUAUAGAAUGUGAUUAAUGCACAGGAAAAGGAAAUAAUAAUUGCAUUAAAUGCGCAAAAGGUUUUUAAUUAAAUGAAGAUGGUCUUUGUAUUGGUAAUUGUAAAGAUGGAUAUUACAAAUAAGAUAAUUCUUGUUAUUAAUGCUUACAUAAAUGUUAAAAAUGUUUAAAUGGAACUGAUUGUACUAAAUGUAGGGGCUCUAAUAGAAAUGCUUAAGAUUGUUCUUGUCCAAAAGGAUACUAUGAUGAUGAAUUCUAAGAUGAUUGCAAAAAAUGCCCAUGUGAUGAAUGCACAUCAAGUGAUAAUUGCCUUAUAUGUAAAAAUAAUCUCCAAAUUCCAAAAUGUAAUUGUGAUCGAGUUCUUAAUGAUGAUUGGUGUAUCACUUGUAAAGUAGCAAAAGUCAAAAUCUAUUAUUCUGAUGAUCUUAAUCAAAUAAUUGUAUACUUUGGUUAUUUGAUUUCUGUUAAUUUAAUCAAUCCAUUUUAACCUUCAAACUGUUCUUAAUGGUUCGAUAAUUCAGAAAUAUUUGGCUAAAAUGCAUAGUGUUAUUUAGCAUGGAAUAGAUAUUCAGUUCACAUUAUAUUAAAACCUUAUGCAUCUGUUACGAUUGGAGAUCAGUUGACUUUUAAGAGUUCUUUUUAUAGAGAUGUAGAUUAGGGUAUUUGUGAUGGUAUUUUUAUUGAAUAAUUUAUUGAGAAUAAAGUUAAAGAACCUUAAAUCUUUAUAAAGCCUUAUAUUCUCUUUGAUGUUCCUUCUUUUAUAAGUACAUGCAAAUAUACAUUAAUUAAAUAAAUUUUACUAGAUGGUACUGGAUAAAAAAUCUAAAAUGUUCUAUCUUGGACCCUAAAAGAGAUGGAAAAUGAUGAAUAUUUUCUGCAAAUGGAUGAAUUUUUAGCUAGUCAAUCAAAUGAAAUUACAAUUCCUUUAGGAACCUUAGUACCUAAUGUUACAUAUACAAUAACAGCGAAGUAUGUUAAUUUUUUUUAGCGAGUUAAUUUCACUACAUUUACAUUCACAACUCUACCUAUACAAGCACCUUAUGUAUAUUUAUCAUUUGAACCUCUAAUGGCAAAAGUUUAUGUUUUUGAUUGUCAUGUAUCUUUUUAAGAUAUGAAAAAUGAAUUCAAUAUUAUUAUAGAGAUAUAAGGUAAAAAUAAUGAGACAUAUUUGUAAACUUCUUAUCAAAUAAAUCCAAUUUAUAAUAUUCCUUUAAAUGAAUCUCUCCUUCCUAAAGAAACUCCCUUAUAUUUUAGUGCAUCAACUGGAAGUUCAAUAAUAAAGGAAGUGUUUUAUUUAAAAUCAAAAGAGAUUUAUAUAAAUUUUUUGCAAAAUAAUAGAUUUAUUGGUUUAGAUAAUUAAAUUAAUGCAAGAGGUUAUGAUAGAAAUAUAAAAGAUGAGGUUUUGAGCACAAGAGGAAUCAUUUAUGAAUGGCUAUGUAAUAAUUUACACAAUUUAUAACCUUGUAAAACAGAUGAAAAUUAAAUUAUGCAAUUUCCUUCUAGAAGAAUUGUUAAUAUCUUUGCUGAUAGUUAAAAUACAACUUUUGUAUUUUUUGUAAAAGCUUCUAAAGGUAAUAGAUGGACUGUUAAAGAAUAACUGAUUGUCAUAACUGACUUUAAUAUUGAGGAAGAAUUUUAUAUUAAUAAUAAUAUACCUUAAAAUUACAUCAAUGCAAAUGAUGAAGCGACAAUUUUGAUAAAAAAAUAAUAAAAAUAUGCAUUUAUCAUACAAUAAUAUAAAAUUUUAGAAUCUUUUAAAAUAUCAAGUUUAUCAAUUAAAUUUAGAUUAGCUGGUUUAACAACUGAUUAUAAUAAUCCAAUAUACAUUUAUUUAAUACCAGGAAAUGAAUCAAUAGCUUUGAAAUUGAAUGAUCCACCUAAAGAGGGAACUUUAAAUAUAGAACCAUUAAUAGGGGAAUCUUUAGACUAUUUUUAUUAUACUCUUACAAAUAUUUAAGAGGGAAAUUUAAUAAGUUUUUAUUAUUAUUUUGAAAAAUCUAUUCUAGAAAAUGAUGUAAACAUAUAAUCUACAAUCAAUGGAAUUCCAUUGAUAACAAAAUCAAAAGAAACUUCUGGAUAAUUUUAAUUACCAAAUGGAAUCGCUAAUAAUUCAAUAUCAGUUCUAUGUGAAAUUCAAUCAUUUUCUGGUGCUAAAUCUUACUUGAAAUAAGAUAUUAAGAUUGUUACAAAAAAUUAUGAAUUUUAAUAAUUAUACAAAUCAUUAAAAAAUAAAACUAAUUUUGAAGAUUUGUAAAGUCUUCACACUAUGAUUGCAUUAAUUUAAUUAGAAGAAUAGGAGGUUUGUUUAAAACAGUGUUCUGGUGUUGGAAUAUGUGUGAAUAAUAAAUGUUAAUGUCCUCCUGGAUAUUACUUUGCUGAUUGUAGUGGAAAUAAAGAUUAAUAAAAAUAAUUUUAUGACUUUUUAAAUUAAGUUACAUCAUUCUUGAUCAAAAAACCUAUAAAUAAUAAUGGCGAUAUGAAAUUGUUUAGUCAAUCACUUUUGUUUUUAUAAUAAUCUAACUCAAGUAAUACCAUAAGUUUAGAGGAUUGUUAAACCAUAUUAUAAUCUUAUAUAUAAAACACAAAUUAUAGAUUAGAAUAGAUCAAUUAACACUCAAUAAAUUUAUAAUAUUAAUCUACUGAAGAUUUUAAUUAUUCCCAAAUAGACAUUCGUUCUUUAAUUAAUAAAAAUGAUUUACAUGUUGCCCUUAAGAGCACUGUUUUUAUGUGGGAAAAGACCAUCUUUACUUAAGGUUCAAACAUUUAUUAACUACAAAAUUAUUUAGGCAACUUUAUAAAUAAUAUAAUUGAAUUAUCUAUCUUUGCAUUAAAUCCAAAUGAAAAAAUAGAUUUUUCAAUAGAUACUGCAUCCAUAACUAUUUAUAAUUCUAAAACAAUCCCUUAAUUUUCAAAUAGAAUUUUAGAAGAAAUCCAAAGCUAUUAAUAAUAGACAAGUUAUGAUGUCGUUUAAGCAAUCUAUAUUAGAAACUAUUAUGCUUUUGAUGGGUAUUUCCCAUAUCCAUCAUAAAUUUAUCCAUUAUAUAGUUUUUAAAUCAGAUAGUCAAAUCGAAAAGAAAAUAUAGAAUUAAAUUAACCUAUUUCCUAUAAAUUUGGCAUUUAAAAUGAUACAACAAAUUUAGUUUGUUUAUAAAGAAACUACAAAACUUAUGAAUGGUCUAGUAGCAAUUGUACUAUUUCUUCAGUAAAUUCAACUUACUUUUGUAAUUGUACAACUCUUUCCCCUACAACAAUUUGUAAUGACUACGAUAAUAUUUAUCAAGGCACACCAGAAUUCAAAUUAGUUCUUCCUAAUAUUUUUUAUAUCUUUUACUUUACACAAUUAGUUAUUUUAGGAAUAUUUUGGAGCAAAGCAAAAGUAUCAGAAAACGAAAAAUUAAUUGAAAAUACGAAAUUUGGUCGUGUUUUUAAAAUAGCAAAAAGAAGCAAAACAAAAAUAGUUGGUAACAAAAUCUCCCAUGCUGAAUAAGAGAAAGACGAAAAAGAGCUAAUAGUAAAACAGGAAAUUGACAAAACAAAUUAAAACAGCAAUAAAUUUCAUUUUAAUUAUUUUUGGGUACGUAAUUUUAUGUAUAUAUAGAAAUAUCAUUGCUUAUCAUAAUUGAUAUAUAAAUAAUUGUAUUAUCUUAGCCCAUUUAUGAGAUCUCUCUUAAUAUUAUUGAGAUGGAAUUGUGCAUUAAUUGUUGGAGAAGUUUUAAGUUUAUCAUAAUUUGAAUAUUAAGUUUCUAUUUGGAUCGUUCUUGCAUCAAUCUUAAUCUUAAGAUUUAGUGAAAGUUUAAUUAAAGUAUAAUUUAUUCUAUUUUUAGAAACAAAUUAAGUAUUUUUUUGUUAUGAGAUAGCCAAUUGUUGGUGGAAUAAUUAAAAUCUUAAUAUUUUUACUUUUAUCUUCAACAUUCUUAUUUGGAUUAUAUUUAUAUUUUAUGAUAAACAACCAAACAAAAUUAGUAAUUUAAAUAUAUAAUUAAGAUUAUUUCAUAUACCGGUGCAAUAUUAGCUGAUAUCCUUCUAAUUGAUAUAAUUAUAUUUAGUUCAAAUAGGUUUUUAGGGGAAAAUAAAAAAAGAAAUAUACGAAAAAGAGUAAACGAACUAAAAUAACUUAAACAAAUAUAAAAAUAGAAUGAAUGA